CGGGCGGGAUUUGCAUGAGACUGUUGCAGCAGACACCACCUAGCGUCGGGCUUUGGCAGGGCCGGGCAGUAUGGAGAUGACCCCUCGGCCCUGGUCAGUUCGUCUCCCCGAGGAUGAGCCCAAACUCCGCCCCCGUCCCCGCGCUCAGCCCGCUCAUUGGCCCGUCGGCCGUGCAUGGUAUGCUGCACGUAUAAAAACGCUGUCGCAUGACCCCCUGCAAGUGCUGCGUCUGGUGCAGCCUCUCGGAUCUGGCAUCAAUUCGGAUACCAUGCAACAGGUCCUGGUGCUGCUGGUCGUAACGGCCGCCCUCGGAUGGGCCCGACCGGCACCCCAAGAUGCCGUGUCUGACCCGGGCAGCCUGCAGCCGUACGAGUACCAGUACGAUGUGAACGUUCCGGAAACGGGCGACCAGAAGUCCCACACGGAACAGCGGGACGACGCAGGAGUGGUGGUCGGCAACUUCCAGGUGGUCGACCCCAACGGCGACCUCCGUAAGCUGUUCUACCGCGUCGAGGGCAACAGCGGCUUCGUCAUCACCGACCAGCAGGUGAUGGUCGGUUUCGCGCCUCCUCCGCCCGACCCUUCGACGUACAGCGGACGGCAGUCGGCGGACGGCGACCUCUCCCAGGGAGGUGUCAGCGAAGGAGAUGCUGGGUCAACUUCUGACGGAGGUGCCGGAGCCGGUCAGGGUGGUCUGUUCUUCGACCAGUCCUCGGCUGAAGGCGCCGGGCAGUUCGGAGACGAUGGGUCGAGCCAAGGACUGCUGGAUGGUAGUAAUUCGGCCGGAGGCGGCAGCCGGUUCGGAGACGACUCCGGCGGCCUCCAGGCAGGAUUUGGUGACGGAGAUAGCGAGGUGAUCGUUGCGUCCGACGGUUUCUUGUCAAGCAAUGCCCAGUUCACAUCGAGCGAUGGUGGAGUCAUCUUCUUAGAUGGUGGAAGUUCCUCAGAAGCAGGCAGUGGCAGUGAUUCAGAGGGAGAUUCCCUCGGAGGAAGCUCUUCUGAAGACGGCUCUUCAGCGGGAGGCUCUGCGUCUUCAUCAGGAGCAGGCGGUGGUGCUUCGGGAUCCGGGUCAGCUGGAGGUUCGAUUGGACCCAUCACCUCUCAGGCCGCCAAGCCAGAAGAGUUUAAACCCUUCGAGUUCCACGGCCCCGCCUUCACGUUCAGCAUCCAGCGAACGGAGCCGAACCGUUUCGAGGUGAAGGAGAAAAUCAUCGGCCACGCCGUGGAGUUCAACACGCACGGCGGUCGGACCCGGCGGUCGGCGGGUCAUCUGCCCUGAGGUCGAAAGGGGCGCCAAAAAACGCCACUAUAUCUGUGAUGUGCGAAGUCAGGCCCGUGCUGGGCAGCCCCCGGGCCGUGCGAUGAGAGCGGGUGAGGCUGUCUGGAGCUGUCUGGACCUGCGGUAGCUGUGUUGAGAAUAAGUUGGGGUGAGAGGUAUAAAUGGUGCGUGCCGUCGGUGAAGGAAGAAGUGCUGGCGCCUGGCGUAAUACUCACUUGAUGGUGAUCGAAGAUUUUUGUCACGGGUGAUCGGUGUGUGAAAGAAGGAGACUGCAUGUCACGAGUAUAACUGACGGAGAAAGACUGGGCAAUGGGCACCCUGGCUUGAGUUGUGAUCAUUUGAGUGUUCUGGGAGGAUUAGCGAGCUUUGGAGUGUGUAUUUUUGCUUCUGAUAAAAUAUCAUCAUGUAUGGUGCAAGAACGUUACAAAGUGGAGCGGCUAUCAUUGGAAGAUCGAUUUUCGUUCAUAAUAACAUCCGAACUCAUGCCUUUGUUACUUGUCCGGCGUUUUUAAGACUAUUUACCAUGCAAAACGUAGUUCGCACUAGACCAUCACUUCAUGAUCUUUCAUCUAAUUUAGUCAGGAAUGAGUGUGGUUGAUCGUGAUUUUCUUACAAUGUAUGUUGUUUGCAAAAAAGUGUUGUUUCUGGAAUGUUUUCAUGAAUACAUGCAUUAUCUACUA